AUGGUGGCUCUCCGCAUCAGCAACUCUCUUUCCGCCAUGCGGGCUGUCCGCACCCGAGCUCCGCAGGUGCACCGCACCUUCGUCACGGCCUCGCGCUUCCAGGCGAAGCAGGGCUACGGCGACGGCGAGGGCAACCCGGUGGGCGAGAACCCGCAGAAGCAGCCCAGCUCGUCCGGAGCACAAGAAUCCUCCGAGCACCCCGGCCCUGCGGCUCCCGACGUCGGACAGAAGUCUGGCGGCAAGAAAUCACCCGAAGAGCAAGCCAGCGCGCAGUCUGGCGGAUCCCGAUCGAAGGAGGCGACCGAGACGGGCGGCAGCCCCACCGGAGGAGACAUCGCCGACCAGGCAAGCAAGAAAGGAGGUGAGGCUUUGAAGGGCCCCCAAGGCGAGGGAGCGCCGCAACCCAAGAUCCAUAACCAGUCUGUACCUGGAGUCAAGCAGGGCUUGAGUGACGAGCAGAAGCAGGAAGUCGAGCAACAUAACCGGGAUUUCGACAAGAAGCACGACAGGUCCGCUGCUGCCCAGGACGACAAGGUCGAUAAGAAGUUUUGGGGCGGGACUGGAGGUCGAGAAGGUGGUAGUGGAGGUCGAAAAGGUGGUGAGAUCGAUUGGAACGCUUAG